GACUUUAAGACGCCUUUACAGCGCUUCAGACCCGGGUAUCUUUGGGUAUCAGAUCUGACCAAACAGAACUGGUGCGAACAACAGUUAUAUUAUUCGUUCACUGUACCCGGUGUCAUGGUGGAAGAUAAGCCUUCAAUGAAAGAAGGCUCCAGUCUUCAUUUAGCUAGAGAAUUGGCGGUUCAUGAACCAGUACCAGUAAAAGUAACAUCAAAUGAGGACAUUUGGGCGGUCAAGGUCCUGAAUUUAUUGGGUACUGUUCAAGGUUUUUUAAAUGGUGUCUGUUUGGCUAGGGAAGUUCCAAUAUUUGGAGCUCCAUAUGAAAAUGGUGUGUUUUUUGUGGGUUUGAUCGACGAGCUGCGUUUUGAUCUAGAAUUGUAUACGGUCACAUUAUCGGAACUGAAAACCAAAACUUACAAAUCACCGCCAAGCAAAGCCCAAAAAUCUCAACACAAGCUGCAAGUGAUGCUGUACAAGAAUUUAUUUGAUGAUUUAGUAAAAGGACAAUUAUCUAAGGAAACCGUAUCCAAACAUUUGCGAGUCGAUCUUAGUCGGGAGUUUAGUGAUGACGUUACCAAAGAACUCGAAAAGCAUUUGAUAGAUUUCAAAAAUCUUAACCAGCUUUUGGAUUAUUUGUUCCAGAAAUUCCAGGCUUUAACUUGUAUUAACCAAUUAGAGAUAGAAUAUGUACAUCAGGAAAGCAAAGAAACUUUAUUUCAUUCCUCUGUGGAUUAUGAUGACGCAGAACUCGAAAGUCUUUUAGGUCAUUAUGUGAAAUUCUGGAAAGGAGAGCGUGAAGUUCUUGGAGUAGACAUUGAAGAGGCUUGGAAGUGUGGGAAAUGUGAUUUUUCUGACAUUUGUGUGUGGCGCGAGAAGAAAUCUCAAGAGUGUUCAAAUAAGAAUCGACUGAAGCGAAAGUGA